AUGGUCAUUCUCAUGACACCCACCAACCCAUACCAGCCAGCCGGUGCCUUUGAUGCCACGAUGGUACUCAGAUCCAAUAUUCGUCGAUCAUCCAGGCAGAUGCGGCAACAGGCCCGAGGCGAAAGCAUCAAGGAUAACAAUGCAAAUAUGCAAGACCUCGCCGUGCCGCACAUCACUUGUGAGCCACCGACGCCGCAGGCGCACAUCCAGUCUUUCUCUACAAUGCCAAUCGGCUUCUGCGACCGUAGACGCUCAUUACGCAGUGCUCUGACUAUAACUUCAGGGCCCAAGAGUCUACCAGGCCCCAGCGAACCCACACCACUGCUCCAAAUCGAUACAGCAGCCACGAAUGGAAAUUUAAAUUCAAACGCUGAGCACUUCAGUGCUUCGGGGUUGGAUGCUGGCGAAUCAGAAAGCGGGGCUUGGUCGCCAUCGGCCUCGCACACUUGUGCAAGUGACAGCGAUUUCUCGUCAAGUCAGUUCGGUAGCUCAUCUUCGUCUGUCGGCCCAGUGGGAGCAUCGGGCGUCCCGCGCAGUCAGAAGAAAUCUCACGCCCGCAAGCGUCCUGCUGGGCAUGUCAAGCGCCCUCGCAAUGCCUUCAUCCUCUUUCGUUCGCACGUCAUCCAGCAAGGCAUUCUUCCAAAAGAUCUGAAGGACCAAAAGGCGCUCAGUAACGUCAUUUCCCAUCUUUGGCACAAUUUGUCCGGCGAUGAGCGCGCACAGUGGCAAGAGAAUGCCGCUGCAGAGAAGGCGGAGCAUCUACGCCUCCACCCAUCGUACAAGUAUCAGCCUGAGACCUCGCGCAAAAUUUCGGAAAAGCGUCAGCGACCCCGAUCUCGAACAUCCGAAAGCCGGGUCGAAUCGGUUGCCGAUCAAAUCUUGAAGGCUCUGGGACGCGAAGGUGUUCGCGAAGGCGCGGUCGAAGAGGGCCGAUCCGAACCUAGGCGUAUCAGAAAGGAGAAGCUUGAUGCUGAGCUGCGGAAGACACAUCAUAUCAAAGGAUCGCCAUCUCCAAGUGUUGGUGCUGAGACUGAGAAUCAGCUUUCCCCUGCAAGUGCCGGCAUUCCUCUGAGGGGCUAUCGACGCUCAUCCUCAGUCCCGAUCAAUAUCGAUUUUGGAUCGCAGAACCCGAGCCUUCAGGGAACACUUAAGCCAAAGGAGGCUGCCUUGCAGCCGGUGCUUCUGCACGGCGGCACAGCUGAUGGUGCCAGUCUUACCAACUCUGCUUUCUCCAACACCCUCAUACCAGAGUGGACGAACCGAGCAGCCCUCAACGAGCAAAGCCCAUCCAACUUUCCACCAGGGCCCUCUCCGGCCUCCUUCUUCAACUUCCAGCGCAUGCCAUUCGCAAUGACGAGCAUGCCUGCUCCGCAGCCAUCAGUUCUGGAACAUUCACGGCCGCGGACAGCUGGAGGACAGCUGGAGGCAUAUCCCUUGGGUUUGCCCACGAUGCCAGACAUUCUGAUCUCCCCGCGAAGCAAUUCCUUUGGCGAUAUUGCAGUUCCGCCGACGGCGAUGAAUGCCGCUGCGCGCUUCCUUCCCCCCGAAGCUGGGGGCUUCGCGCGAAUGGGUGCUUUGCCUUCAGGGGAUGGCUCUCUGCCAUUCGGCUCGGCGCCUUUCCAUUACGGGGAUGAGCUGAUGAGCGCUCCCACUCUGACGAAGAGACGGGUCAGCAGUUUCUUGACUGAGGCUGCCAUAUCGGCGAUUCAACAUGCUCACGGACAAUGCGGAUCAUCAACUGGGACCUUGCCAACCGCUUCCGGUCUCAACGAGACGAUGCAGCCACCUCUCACCCUUGAACAAGAGAAAGAGGCUCUAUUGCGAAAGUGGAGAGCAAGUCUGUCUGCUGGUGCUGGUGGCUCUCAUGAUGGCCUGCCUCCACCUCCAUUCAUGGAGGACCCAAUGACAGAGUCGAGCAGCUCCUCAGGCCCCCUUUCCUUCUAUAGCGUCGACGCGCCUUCCGACUUCCGAACAGUCGACAUGGAGACUCUGCAAGAAGCAUUCGAGCUCAACCUUCGGAAUAGCUUUGUCUAA